AGAAGAUUUACCUGUAAUCAGUUUCACUGUCAUAGACAUUGAAUGCUACUAUCUCUGAACUUUUUUGGAGUAACAAGGAGAGGGGCAAUAUUGGUAUAAAUAAAUAAAUAGUGUAUGAAGAAGUGGCAGAAAGGUUCUUCUACCUGUGGUCCGCAACUACUACUGAUUGCUACUGUUCACUAGUCACAAGCACUACCAUUACAACUCUUUCUCUUCCUUUCACAUUUUCUCUUUAUUAACAAUGCACCAACAACACAAGUUUUAGCUUAUGGAAUUCAAAUUCAACUCAUCAGCUUUUUUUUUUCUUUCAUUCCAAGAAGGAAUUGGAUGUUGUUGACGAGAGGUUGAGAAAGGAUGCUAAGCCAGCUAUGGUUUGUACUGCCAAUGAUUUACAACAAUGGAAGGAUUUUCCCAAAGGACUCAAGGUUCUUCUCCUUCAGGAAGACAUUACUUGUGCUUCUGAGAUAAGAACAAAGCUUGAGGCCAUGGACUAUAUUGUUUCGAUAUUCUGCGACGUGAAUGAAGCCUUGUCAGCAAUCUCAAAUAGGCCUGAGGGCUUCCAUAUAGCCAUUGUAGAGGUGAGUUCGCACAGUUGCGAGGGAGGUUUCAAAUUUCUUGAGAAUACAAAGGACUUGCCAACCAUUACUUUUGAUGCAGUGACUUCAAAGAACGAUUGUCUGAACACCAUGAUGAAGUGCAUAGCGCUCGGGGCAGUGGAGUUUCUCAGCAAACCACUCUCUGAGGACAAGCUCAGAAAUAUCUGGCAGCAUGUGGUUCACAAGGCGUUCAAUGCUGGGGUAAGUGUCCUGUCGGAAUCACUGAAACCUGUCAAGGAAUCUGUAGUCUCCAUCUUGCAGCUCCAAACAGACAAUGAACAACACGAGAAUAGAGCCUCGGUCGAGAUAGAAAAAGUAUCUCGGUUUUCUGACAAUGACCCCGAGCAUUAUCCAGCUCCUUCAACCCCACAAUUGAAACAGGUGGAAAGAUUACUAGACGACGGGGAUUGCCAGGAGCAGACUAACUGCUCCACGGAAAAAGAAAGUGGGGAGCAUGAUGGAGAAUCUAAAUCUGUCGAAACUACUUGUGAAAAUUUGAAUGCUGAGAGUACCCGCCAAGAGCAGACUAAUUGCUCGAUUCAAAAAGAAAGUGGAGAGCAUGAUGGAGAAUCUAAAUCUGUCGAAAUUACUUGUGAAAAAUUGAAUGCUGAGAGUACUCGCCAAGAGCAGACUAAUUGCUCGACUGAAAAAGAAAGUGGAGAGCAUGAUGGAGAAUCUAAAUCUGUCGAAAAUACUUGUGAAAAUUUGAAUGCUGAAAACACUUCUAAGUGUGAGAAUGUUGUUUCUCCACAUCCACAAAAUGUGAAAGUUCUCACCAAUAGUGAAAGUAAUACUACAUCUGCAAAUAUAGCGGCCGUUCGUAAUCAUAAAUGUGAAAUAAAAGCUAAUAGGAAGAAGAUGAAAGUAGACUGGACACGAGAGCUGCACAAAAAAUUUGUGAAGGCAGUGGAACAACUAGGCAUUGAUCACGCUAUUCCUUCUCGCAUAUUGGAUUUAAUGAAGGUGGAGGGCUUGACAAGACAUAAUGUGGCAAGCCAUCUUCAGAAAUAUAGAAUGCAUAAGAGACAUAUCUUGCCGAAGCAAGAAGACCAGAAAUGGCUAAAUCAAAGAGAUCCAAUGCAAAGGAGCUAUUGUCUUCAAAGGCCGAUUAUGCCUGGUCCUCCGUCAUAUUAUUCUAACCAUACCCUUCCUCCAGCUCCUUUAUAUCCGAUGUGGGGACAAUCUGGAAGCCAAAUGGCCGGCGUGCCUAUUUGGCGACCUUCCGGUUACCCCUUGUGGCAGCCUACAGAAAGUUGGCACUGGCAACCAUUUCCAGUGAUGCAUUCAGAUACUUGGGGCUGCCCUGUGUUACCACCGCCACCUCAAGCUCAAUGCUUUUCCUACACUCAACAGAAUAUACCUGCCUUGAGCAAUGAUAAUGCAAUGGAUUACAUGAUUGGCACGCCAUACAGUUCUUUAGACGAUUAUCCGGAAGAGGAGAUUAUUGACAAGGUUGUGACGGAGGCAAUGAGUAAGCCAUGGCUACCUUUGCCGAUAGGCCUCAAACCGCCUUCCACAGAUAGUGUGUUGACUGAGCUUUCAAGGCAAGGCAUUUCCAACAUUCCUCCAAGCAAUAAUAGUUUUAUUCCCAUUUGACAUUUACAUCCAAAAACUGAUUCUGAUGGUGACAAAUUUCUAUACAAACGGUCCACCAGAACAAGACCCACUUGUGAUUUUCAUUAGUAUCUUAAAUUUAUCUGAUUCCAGUUAGUAAAUUGACUGGGAAUUCGAGACUAGGGACCAUUUUGUUUUUCCUUAUUAGGUCCCCACUACAAACCACUUCAUACAAAAAACCACGAUGACGCAACAACCAAGAAAUAACUACGGAAUACAAACACUUCAUAUUAAAGAUGUGUUUGAUACAUGACACCAAUACAUAUGUUAGUGUCAGUGUUGUGUCUGGUGUCAAAACAAAGAAAAUGCCAAGCGGGGCACACCGAUUAGGUAUUUUGGCCGGUUGAGAAAUGGCCACACAUUUGUUGAUGCUCUCUGAAAAAUUGUGGUUGUAAAUAGAUGCUGAUAUGGUUGUAAAUGUGGUACUUUUGGGAAGCAUAAAACAGUGAUUGUUGGGUUGUAUUUUUGGGUGUGGGAAUCUAAUAAUGGUAAGGAUAGAACAAUGCUGUGAAUAAAAAAAUGUGUUAAAAGCCUGA